CGGAAUUUGACGGAAGCAGUCGUCUAAAUAAUUUCUCUAAAAUUUCCAUCGUAUUCAGUAGAUUUUCUUAGUAAAUCAACAUGCCGCCAAAAGGAGGAAAAGGGGGAGCGAAGAAACCACCAGCGAUCGUUAUUGAUGGAGUGGACACAUCUGAGAUGACCCGAGAAAAACUCGAGCAAUUCACGCUUAGGGUUAAAGAAGAAUUAGAUAAAGAAAGAGAAGAAAGAAACUACUUUCAAUUAGAGAGGGACAAGAUUCGUACAUUUUGGGAAAUAACUAGACAACAGCUAGAAGAAGCUAAAGCCGAACUGAGGAAUAGAGAAAGAGCUACAGAAGAAGCCCAAGAGGAGAACGAAGCCCUACUAGAAACAGAGAAGCAGAAAAUAAAGCAUCUCAAAUAUGAGCAACAAGCCGCUGCAGCCGCUUUAAGAGCUGAAAAUCUAGUAGCGCUGAAAGCUGCAAAAGAGGAGCAUGCGGAACAAGAGUUGGAAUUAUUAAAUGACAAAAGAGCGCUAAGGUCAGAAAUUAGAGAAAAAGUUUUAGCAGCACAGGAUGAAUUACGAAGAGCCAAAUUGAUACAUGCUGAAGAAUUGUCAAAUGCAAGAUCGGAAUUUGAGGAAAAAGCUCGUCAAAUAGAAGAUAAAGCUGAUAAGAAAUUGCAUGAAACUAAAGUUGAAAUGACCGUUAAGCAUAGAACAGAAAUAGCUGAGGUCGAAGAAAGGAAAAAUAAGCAGUUGUCAGAAUUAAUCGCUCAUCACGAAAGAGCAUUUUCUGAUUUAAAGAAUUAUUAUAACGACAUUACAUUGAACAAUUUAGGUCUGAUCAGCAGUUUAAAACAGCAAAUGGAAGAUAUGCAAAAGGUUAAGGAAAGAGCUGAGAAGAUAGCAAGGGAUGCUGUUGCAGAAGCUAAAAAUCUUCGUGAGCCAUUAGAGGCUGCCAUCGUUGAUAAUAAAGAAUUGAAGAGACAGAUGUCUAAUUACGAUAGAGAUAAAGCUGCAUUAGCGGCUAAAACAAAACAACUAGCGUCAUUAGAAAAACAAUUCGAAGUUCUCAAAUGGGAGUACGAAGUAUUACAAGUACGUUACGACAGAGUACUGGCGGAAAGAGACGAGUUGAAGUCGAGAUUCUCGAGGGCGGUGCUGGAGGUGCAGCAGAAGGCUAGCUUGAAGACGGCGCUGUUGGAGGCGAAAUUGAAGAAUAUGGAGGGCAGUGACCUGGGACCUAGGGACUUGCAUGAACUACUGAAACUAAAAGACACACAAGUAGAAGAUCUUCGAUACGAAGCCGCUCGCCUUCGUAAAGCACACGAUGAUUUGCUGGCUACUUACGAAGCUAAACUUGCGAAGUUGGGUGUACCUGCUGAGGAACUCGGUUUCAAACCCUUGAAAGCGGUUGCCGUGGCGGGCAUGUCACCUGUUAUUGGCCAGGGUCCUGCAGGACUAGUGACUAAAGAACAAUAGAACAUCAUUAAAACUUCUUUAUAUUCUUGGACCAAUCAAUAUUUUUGUGAAAUUAAA